GGGGAGGGGAGGCGACGCUCCCAGGGCUGAGCACAGAGAGCGAUCGGGAUCCGCGUCGGAGCGUCCCGGGAACCGAAACACCUCCCUGCCUCCGCUAUCAGACAGCGUCCGUCCCGGCAGCAUGACCUGGGAAUGCUCCGGAUAGCAGCCCGAGAUCGGUGAGUGACGGGUUUUUCCCCUCCAGGCUCUGCUCCCCUGACCUCCGCCAUGGCGGGGGACCUCUACUGCCCUCCAUCCCCACUGGGAGACUCCCUCCUGGGUAGUCCUCUGUGCGGAGACCUGAUGGAGGAUCUUCGUGUCAUCUCCCAGUCCAUCGGAGACGACACGCUGGGCUUCGACUUCCCAGAGUACCAGAGCAUCGAUUCAGAGUCCAACAGCUCCAUCGCACUGGACACCUUGACCCCCGCCUCCAGUCCGUCGUCGGGGGUUUGUGGAGCGGCGCCAGGACCCGAGGAGAGCUUCGGCCCCCUCAGCCUGGAGUGCAGGGUCUGCUCGGACAGAGCUUCCGGCUUCCACUACGGGGUGCACGCAUGUGAGGGCUGCAAGGGUUUCUUUCGGAGGACCAUCAGGCUGAAGCUGGAGUACGACAAGUGUGAUCGCAACUGCAGAAUCCAAAAGAAGAACCGCAACAAGUGCCAGUACUGCCGAUUCCACAAGUGCCUCUCUGUGGGAAUGUCCCACAAUGCCAUCCGGUUCGGUCGGAUGCCCCAGGCGGCAAAGCUGAAACUCAAGGAGGAAAGCAAGAUGGUGAAGAGAGAAGUGGAAAGCCCCAUGAAGCCUGACCACAAGAUUCUGGUCAGGCAGAUCCACGAAGCCUACAUGAAGAACUUCAGCAUGAACAAGGCAAAAGCACGACUCAUACUCACAGGAAAAACCAGCAAGCCGCAGCCUUUAAUCAUUCACGACAUGGAGACGUUCCAGCUGGCGGAGAAGACGUUAGCGGUCCACAUGGUAGGCGAUGACUACCCGGAGUCCAAGAGUGGCCUUCAGGCCGGACAUGUGAUUCCUGCUGAGGUGUGUGGGGAGCUCCAGCAGAGGGAGGCCGAAGCCAGACUCUUCCACUGCUGCCAGAGCACCUCGGUGGAGACGGUCACGGAGCUAACGGAGUUCGCCAAGGCUGUGCCGGGUUUCCAGAACCUGGAUUUGAACGAUCAGGUGACUCUCCUGAAGUACGGCGUCUACGAGGCUUUCUUCACCCUCCUGGCCUCCUGCAUGAACAAAGACGGCAUCUUGGUGGCCCGUGGCGGCGGCUUCGUCACCCGCGAGUUCCUCAAGAGCCUCCGGCGGCCGUUCAGCGACAUGAUGGAGCCCAAGUUCCAGUUUGCGACACGCUUCAACUCCCUGGAGCUGGAUGACAGUGACCUGGCCCUUUUCGUGGCUGCUAUUAUCUGCUGUGGAGACCGUCCAGGCCUGGUGAAUGCACCUCUGGUGGAGCAGCUGCAGGAAAGCAUCGUUCAGGCACUCCGGCUCCACCUGCUGGCCAACCACCCGGACGACACCUUCCUCUUCCCCAGACUGCUGCAGAAGCUGGCCGACCUCCGGGAGCUGGUCACGGAGCAUGCUCAGUUGGUGCAGGAAAUCGAGACGACGGAGGACACGUCGCUGCACCCGCUGCUGCAAGAAAUAUACAGAGACAUGUACUGAAAAGUCGGUCUAAACAGGGACAAAAACGUUCCACCCUAUAGUGGGUGUACAACAAUACAACAUUUAACUGACACCAUUAAGCUCAUUAAUAUACUGGAUUUACUCUGCUGUGACAAUGACAACUCUACCACUGGAGCAAAACUCUUAUUUGUAGGGGGGAGGGCAAAUGUUUUGAGGAAAUGUGGCUGCUUAAACGAGAUAACGCCGUGGAAAGAAAACCACAGAUGUUCUUUAAAAUCACCCAAAUGCAUUUAAGUAGGUGGUGCAAAUCUGCAAAUCAUAUUAUUGUAUUAAAGAUGCCACGACAUGACUGUUGAAGUCAUUCAUGCACUGAGACUAGAUGCUAAUUACACGUAAUGCCUUUGGAUGUGAUUAAUGUCAGUUUUCAUGUCUUUUUAUUGUGACCUUGUGCCUUAUUGGAAAUCAAACAGCUGCAUCCACCACAUCACAAAUCCUUACUGCUUCUGUAAGGAACCGCCUUUUUAAAAAUACUGUAAUUCCAUGUAUUUAUACUAAUCCAUACCACACAACAUGCCAACUCACUUUUAAUCUUUUUUUUUCAGCAUGUUUUGUACAAAUCCUGCGAUUGUACCUUUUUUUUUCCGUUCGGCCAGUAUUGAAUAUUUUCACCAGAAGCACAAUAAUCUGUUGAACUGGUUUAUGUUGUGUUUUGUAAAUAUAACAAGAAUGUAGUGACCCCGGUGAAAGGGACGAGUUUGUGUGUCUGCAGACGGUAACAAAAAAAAGAAAAAGGCCUCAAAAGGAGGAGCUGAUCGCUGUACUUUCUGUGCUUAGAAAUCCAAAUGAGACAGUUUAUAUUUUUUAUCAUGUACAGUUUAGUAUAGAGUAAAAAUACUUUUGUUGUUUGAAUAAAAAAAAUGAAUUAUUUUAUGUGGUAGCCUAGAAUAAACUAAUAUAUUUACCUAC